GCUAGAUUUUAGAGUGAUUCUAAGUGAAAAGUAAAUAAUGAGGCAUAUUAAAGUGCAGAAGAGUGAGAAAAGACGCCUGUCACAACAAGAAAAACAUUCACUACCCUCAGCAACCUUGGAGAAACCCCAAAGCAAUAUUGCGUUAAAAGCAACAAUUAUAGAAGAAGUAGAAGAGGAAGGCGACAAGUAUAACUUAGCCAAAUUAAUAAUGGAUUUAGACGAUGGCAAAGCUCUGUCGAUACAGGCACAAAAAGCAACUAAAACCGAAAUGAUGGUAUGUGAUCAAAUGUUUAAAAACGGAUUAAUGUUACAUGGUCAGGAAGGCUGUAUAUCAGCUCCUGAAUCUAUCUCGAAAGCAGCUAAUGUGCAGAAGCGCCGUAGUGUAGGAUUCACAGAGCAACCACGCAAUGAUCAGCUGGAGCCGUAUUCUUUGAAAAGACGUAAAAUUAAUGUUCCCGGAGCUCUUAAAAUGCCUUUAACUGGUUAUGUACGUUACAUGAAUGAACGACGUGACAGCUUGCGUAGGGAGCACCCCAACAAAACAGCUAUAGAACAUACAAAAAUUAUAGGACAAGAAUGGCAGGCGAUGCCCGCUCAUCUUAAAGCGCCUUAUAUGAGGGCGGCGGAACUUGAUAAAGAAAGAUACCUUAAAGAAUUGCAUACUUUUCUUGAAUCCCAUCCCGAUGAACCGGCCCGAUAUCGUAUGAAAAGAAAUAAAAUUAACGUCGCCGGAGCCCUUAAAAUGCCUUUAACAGGUUAUGUGCGUUAUAUGAAUGAACGACGUGACAGCUUGCGUAGGGAGCACCCCAAUAAAACAGCUAUAGAACAUACAAAAAUUAUAGGACAAGAAUGGCAGGCAAUGCCCGCACAUCUUAAAGCGCCUUAUAUGAAUGCCGCAGAACUUGAUAGACAAAGAUAUCUUAAAGAACUGCAUGCUUUUCUUGAAUCCCAUCCCGAUGAGCCGGCACGCUAUCAUUUGAAAAGACGUAAAACUAACGCUGCCAGAGCUCUUAAGAUGCCUUUGACCGGUUAUGUACGUUAUAUGAAUGAACGACGUGACAGCUUGCGUAGGGAUUACCCCAACAAAACAGCUAUAGAGCAUACAAAAAUUAUAGGACAGGAAUGGCAGGCAAUGCCCGCACAUCUUAAAGCACCUUAUAUGAGGGCGGCAGAACUUGAUAAAGAAAGAUACCUUAAAGAAUUGCAUGCAUUUCUUGAAUCCCAUCCCGAUGAGCCGGCCCGCUAUCGUUUGAAAGGACACAAAAUUAACGUUGCCGGAGCACAUAAAAUGCCUUUAACUGGUUACGUGCGUUAUAUGAACGAGCGACGUGACAGCUUGCGUAGGGAGUACCCUAACAAAACAGCUAUAGAGCAUACUAAAAUUAUAGGGCAAGAAUGGCAGGCAAUGUCUGCAGAUCAUAAAGCGCCUUAUAUGAAGGCCGCAGAAAUUGACAGACAAAGAUAUUUUAAAGAGAUGUCUACUUUCCUUAAAUCUUCUCCGGAUGAGCCGGAACCCUAUCGCUUAAAAAGACCUAAAGCUAAUGCUGCCGGAGCUCUUAAAAUGCCUUUAAACGGUUAUGUACGUUACAUGAAUGAGCGACGUGAGAGCUUGCGCAAAGAGUACCCUAACAAAACAGCUAUAGAGCAUACAAAAAUUAUAGGAGAAGAAUGGCGGACAAUGUCCGCAGAUCGUAAAGCACCUUAUAUGAAGGCCGCAGAACUUGAUAGACAAAGAUAUCUUAAAGAACUCAGUUUCCUUAAGUCCCGUCCCGACGUUUUAGUUAGCGAACUGGCUCAAAAUAAACCGCGCAAUCCUGUCGAUGGUUGCUUCUUUUCCAACAUCACUAACAAUAUCGCCAGCACCACUACGAAACUAUUGACUAAUCAGGAAAUCCCAUGUCAGAACAUGGAUACAAUGUGUGUUUAUAUGUGUGUAUAAAUAUAUAAAUUAUAGGCCAUUUUUAGUUGUUUAACCACCUAUUGUUACUACUACUACUAAUGUCGAAGAUUUUAAAAUGUUAAUUUUAAAUAUCGUAUAUUAAUUUUCUAAGAAUAUACGGUCUCUAUUUAUGUUUACAUAUAGACUGAAUUACACAAUAUAAUAAGCACGACAACAUAAAGUAAAAUUUUCGGCACAUAUUUCGCUGGCUAUGAUGUAUAAGAGCACUUCGCAUCUGCACACGCCAUACAUCGUAAUUACCCUCAUCUAGUUUCUGUAUAUGAUAUAAUGAAUUCGUUUCGUUCAGUACUCACGAAACGUGAAUGUUCAGACCGCGUAAUUGUUGAAAUCAGCGAGGCGUUUUAUGUCAUUGGAAUUUUGGGUUGUGCAAACCCGCAGUAGAUUGCCAUUACACCCUUUAAAGGGAAUCAUUCCUUAUGAGGCGUGGAGUAGUUAUAAGCUCUGCCUUGGCCGGUUUCAGAUUUUUGGGUUUUGGAUGAUUCCGGUGAAGUAUAAUCUAAACAAAGAUCCGAUGACGUAGAUUAAAUAUCAUUUGCAUUGUGUAAAAUUCGAAGGGAUUACAAACAGUGUAACAUUCUCGGGGAUAUGCCCCAAACUUAAAGAAAUAUGGAGUUCCUCGGAGUGUAGCAAAGGCAUGCAAAUGUAGUCAACGGGAAAAGUAAAAACUUGAUGCAUUUAUUUUUAAUGUCGUCAGAGUUACGUUUAUGCGACAUGUUAGACUAGCAAACUUUGUGAAAUUAUUUAUAUGGCGCAUCGGAAACUUUUGUUAAUGAUGCGACUUAAUACCAAGUUUCCUAAAGCAAUACACGUCCUCAAGCUGCCUAAAAGGAAAUGAAUACUAGAUGGAGAGUUCAGCCAAAUUAGUUUUGAAGCGGACCAAAAUGAAACAUGCUUAUACAUAACACAUAAUCGAAGUUAUUGUAAGAAAGCAAGUCAAAAAUUACUUGAUUCAAAUCGAAAAUAAAAGAAUGUGUCGAUAAAACCCUAAUAA